UGUCAAUCUGAGCCAUGGGCGACCGGAAACGCAAGUGGAAAGGCGCUGGCGGCGCUGGCAAGGGAUCGGGCAAAGGCGGAAAGAGCGGAAAGAGCGGGAAGAGGUCGAAGACAUCUGAGUCAGAAAAGGCUGGAAAGGCUGGAAGCUUCAAGCGGCACAAAGUGGGGCCCAUGCCCCUGAGAGCAGUGUUGGUGACGAGCCGGACCCCAAGUCAAACUCAAAAAGCCACCCGAGAGGCGAUACGCUUGCUACAAGGCGUUCUCGAAAAUGGGGAGGACACUGCGCCGAACGAACAUCCGGGAGCUGGCGCUGCUGGCACUGCUGGCGCUCGCUCGGUGGGCGAGUCACUGGAAGAGGAGCUACAGGCACUGCGCGAAGAUGUCAAGCCGAAAGCACGGCCCCUGCGCUUCUACUCUGAGGUGAGUCGAGGCGUGACGAUUCUUUCGGUGGAUGGCCGACGGGCGCCAUCUCAACUGGUGGUGGACCUCUUCGAACGACAACGAGCUGCAGGUAGAGAAGGACAAGCAGUGCGCUUUGUUGUGAGAAUGGCACCAUUGGAUGUGGUUUGCUCGCCUCAUUUGAAGAACUUUCAGGCAGCAGCCGCGGCGGAACUGCCAAAGUUGCUGAAAGACGCCAGAGAAGGUGCUGGAUGGUAUUGCUCCUUUCACAGUCGUGCUAUGAGCACCAUCAAACGUGAAGAUGUCAUGGCCGCCUUGAAGGAUAUCAUGAAGCCUCUGAAACUGGAUCUGUCAGUAUCGGAUGCGGAAUACAUGGUGGUAAUUGAGGUGAACCCGGUGCUUUGUGGUUUUGCCGUUCUACGCGAUUACGAAGGUGGACUCUACGAGUGUCACCUUCAGAAAGCCUCGGAGGAAUUUGAGAACUGCGCGACAGUGUCGGAGAGUGACCAGGAAGAAUCUGCGGAGAACACAUCCCCACGAGAAGACGCUCAUUCUGAGACAGGGCCUGAGGGAUAGAGGAGAAAAACGGUCCACAGGGAUCGGCUUCGGCUGGCUGCUGGGACGUGGAAAACCUGGUG